GCCACCCCUUCUCACCAUCUCGCUCCCCCUCGCUUCUUCUUCUUUAUCUUUCUAUCCCUGUGUCUCCCUCUUUCUUUCUCCAAUGGCGACUCCUCCUUUCUUCUUAGCUUCCUCCAGCUCCUUCAGAAGAGCCAAUAUAUAAAACCACUUCUCUUUCUCGGCGCCGAGCACCGCCUUGAAGGCAGUCUCAGUCUCUUUAAUUUCUUUUCUGAGAAGGAGGCAGCGAGCACCGGAAAUGGCACCGAAGGGCGGCCGAGGGAAGGCCAAGGGCGAGAAGAAGAAGAAAGAUGAGAAAAUUCUCCCUGUGGCCAUGGACAUCACCAUAAAUCUCCCUGAUGAGUCCCAUGUCAUUCUUAAGGGAAUAUCGACGGACAGGAUAUUGGAUGUACGGCGCCUGCUGUGUGUCAACACCGUCACCUGUGCCAUCACGAACUACUCUCUGUGUCACGAGAUCCGGGGGCCGAGAUUGAAAGACUCUGUGGACGUGGCCGCUUUAAAGCCGUGCACUCUUAGCCUGAUCGAAGAGGACUACGACGAGGAGAGCGCCGUCGCGCACGUGAGGCGGCUUCUCGACAUCAUCGCCUGCACGUCCUGCUUCGGCCCGUCGCCCGUCAAGGACUCCGCCGGCAAGGAUGCCAAGCGGAGCGCCGCCGGAGGCGGUGGUGUCGCGGCCCCCAAGACGGCUCCGCCGCCCAAGGAGGCGCCGGCGGACGGCGAGGAGGAGAUGAGCGGCGCGUGCCCCAGGCUCGGGGCCUUCUACGAGUUCUUCUCCCUCUCCCAUCUGACCCCUCCUGUCCAGUUCAUAAGGCGAACAGAGAAACCUCGGCAAGACGAAUGUCCCUCUGAUGACCAUCUCUUCUUCCUUGAAGCGAAGCUUUGCAAUGGGAAACUGGUGGUCGUGGAGGCUCGCGCCAAGGGGUUCUACAGCCUGGGAAAGCAGCGGGUGCUUUGUCAUGAUCUCGUCGAUCUGCUGAGACAACUCAGCAGAGCUUUCGACAAUGCUUAUGAAGAUCUCAUGAAAGCUUUCUUGGAACGUAAUAAGUUUGGAAAUCUUCCUUAUGGAUUUCGUGCAAACACAUGGCUUGUUCCUCCAAUUGCUGCUCAAUCACCAUCAUCAUUUCCAUCCCUUCCAGUGGAGGAUGAAACAUGGGGAGGCAAUGGGGGUGGUUGGGGAAGAGAUGGCAAAAGUGAUAUGUUGCCUUGGGCUAAUGAGUUUCUGUUUCUUACAACUAUGCCUUGCAAAACAGCAGAGGAAAGGCAAAUCCGUGACAGAAGAGCUUUCCUGCUGCACAGCUUAUUUGUAGAUGUUGCGGUCUUCAGAGCCAUUGGAGCUAUACAACAUGUUAUGGCGAGAAAACAUGUUACACCUUUGGCAGAGGCAGAUGGAGUUUUGCACUUUGAGACAGUGGGGGAUUUUAGCAUCAUUGUCACUAGGGAUGCUUCAGAUGCAAGCUGUAAGGUGGAUUCUAAGAUUGAUGGGAGUAAAACAACAGGGAUGGACUUUCAACAUCUUGCUGAGAGAAACCUACUUAAAGGAAUCACUGCAGAUGAAAAUACAGCAGCCCAUGAUAUUACUACAUUAGGUGUUGUCAAUGUGAGAUACUGUGGUUACAUUGCAGUCGUGAAAGUCAAUCAUCACGAGCAAAACAAAGGGAAUUUUCCUUUGCAAUCUGUUGAUAUCAAGGAUCAACCUGAAGGGGGAGCUCACGCUUUGAACAUCAACAGUUUAAGAAUGCUACUUCACAACAACUGUACAUCGGGAGACAAAAGAAUGUUGAAUCAGUCACAAAGUUCAAAGCAAGAAGAACUCACUGCAGCACAAGCUUUUGUGGAGAAAUUGUUGGAUGAGAGUCUGGUAAAACUUGAGGAAGAGAAAUCUAGCUCCAGUAUUUUCAUGAGAUGGGAACUUGGAGCCUGCUGGAUACAGCAUUUGCAGGAUCAGAACAAUGUGGAGAAAGAGAAGAAACAGACUGGUGAAAAAGAUAAGAAGCAAAGUGGUGAGAAGGCUAAAAGUGAGACAAGGGUUGAAGGCCUUGGGAAGCCUCUUAAGGUUCUAAAGAAUCUGAAGAAGAAAGCAGAUUCAAGUGGACAAGGAUCCUUUUCUCUUGACAAGAAAUCUUCUGAUGAAUUUGUUGGUGGGGAAAGCCAAAAUGCCAAUUUGCCUUUUGUGGAACCUCGGGGAGAUGGCAAAGCAAGUGAGAAUGGAUGCACACUUAAGGAUCUGUUACUUGAUCCUGCAUUUACACGACUAAAGGAAUCUGAAACAGGACUUCAUCUGAAGUCUCCACUGGAAUUAACUGAGAUGGCUCUGAAGUAUUAUGAUGAAGUUGCUCUUCCGAAGUUGGUUGCAGAUUUUGGCUCAUUGGAACUUUCACCUGUUGAUGGUAGGACUCUGACUGACUUCAUGCAUACUAGAGGUCUACGAAUGCGCUCUCUAGGGCAAGUUGUCAAGCUUUCAGAGAAGCUGUCACAUGUGCAGUCCCUCUGUAUCCAUGAGAUGAUAGUAAGAGCUUUCAAGCAUAUUCUCCGUGCUGUCAUUGCUGCUGUUUCUGAUAGUGGAGAGUUGGCCACAUCAAUUGCUGCAGCACUGAAUUUACUCCUUGGUGUUCCUGAUUCCCGAGUUUCAAAUUGUGCUGCCAAUGUGCAUCCCCUUGUGUGGAGAUGGCUUGUAGCAUUUCUGAAAAAGAGAUAUGAAUGGGAACUUACAGUCACAAACUUCCAUGAAGUGAGGAAGUAUGCUAUUCUGAGAGGACUAUGUCAUAAGGUUGGUAUUGAACUGGCACCCAGAGACUUCGAUAUGGAUCAUGCAUUUCCCUUUCACAAAUUGGAUAUCAUUAGCAUUGUGCCUGUGCAUAAGCAAGUUGCAUGCUCAUCUGCAGAUGGACGGCAACUUUUGGAAUCUUCAAAAACAGCUCUUGACAAGGGCAAACUUGAAGAUGCAGUCAACUAUGGGACAAAGGCUCUAGCAAAGCUAAUAACAGUAUGUGGUCCUUAUCACCGGAUGACCGCUGGAGCCUAUAGCCUUUUAGCUGUUGUUCUCUACCACACUGGAGACUUCAAUCAGGCAACAAUUUAUCAGCAAAAGGCAUUAGACAUAAAUGAGAGGGAACUUGGGCUGGAUCAUCCAGAUACGAUGAAGAGUUAUGGGGACCUAGCUGUGUUCUAUUACAGACUUCAACAUACAGAAUUGGCUCUAAAGUAUGUGAAGCGUGCAUUAUAUCUUUUACAUCUUACUUGUGGACCAUCUCAUCCAAACACAGCUGCCACAUAUAUCAACGUGGCCAUGAUGGAGGAAGGCCUAGGAAAUGUUCAUUUGGCACUUAGAUAUCUCCAUAAAGCUUUGAAAUGCAACCAGAGAUUACUUGGCCCUGAUCAUAUUCAGACUGCUGCUAGUUACCAUGCCAUAGCAAUAGCACUCUCUUUGAUGGAAGCUUAUCCUUUGAGUGUUCAACAUGAACAAACUACCUUGCAAAUUCUUCGAGCAAAGCUUGGUCCCGAUGACUUGCGAACCCAGGAUGCUGCUGCAUGGCUUGAGUACUUUGAGUCAAAGGCAAUUGAGCAGCAAGAAGCUGCUCGCAAUGGUACUCGGAAGCCUGAUGCAACGAUUGCUAGCAAAGGCCACCUAAGUGUGUCUGAUCUCCUUGAUUACAUAAAUCCCAACCAAGAUACCAGAGGAAGAGAUGGUGAGUCAGCAAGGAGGAGAAACCUUGGUUUAAAGAUUCAGGUCAAAGGACGAUCUGCUCAAAAUGUGAAUGUAGCAAGUUCUGAUUUAUCUUUCAAAGACUCAAAUGCAACAACUUCAGAUGAAGAGAAGAAGGUCACUGAACACAGUUAUAGCCAAGAUGAUACCCAAACAAACAGUCAAUGUGUUGAGCCUAAGCAUGAAGAAGCUGAUGUUCGGGAGCACCUAGCAGUUUCCCAACAGCCUAAAGGACUAGCUCAGGAGAAUUUCACUUCUGUUAAUGAGGCCUUGGCAGAGGUAAACACAGAAGCAGAAGAUGGCUGGCAACAUGUUCAAAGGCCAAGGUCAGCUGGUGGUUCUGGGCAGCGAAUUAAGAAUCGACGGGCAAAUAUUCGAAAGGCCUACAAUUAUGAGAUGAAUGAUGUUCCCACUGAAGCUGCUCAGGCUAAGCCCAGGUUUACUUAUCCCAAUGGUCGUUAUUACCUACUAAAGAAACGGACUGUAGUACCUGGAAGCUACACAGAUCAUCAUCAUAUGAAAGUUCAGUCACCUGGUAACAAAUUUGGUAGGAAAAAAUUCAGGACUGUUGUGUACAGGGUCAAGUCAGUGCCUUCAUCUGAUAAUACCAAAACAACAGAUAAUUCUAGGAGUGCUGGUGAGAAAAUGAUCACUCCAUUAGAAGCUGAAGCAACACAUUCACCUAUGGAUAAUUUUGUACCAAAAGACCAAAAGAAUGCAAUCGGUGAAGUUACUGAAUCACACAAUAAUUUAAUUGUCAGUAUUGGAAAUUCGCCAUCAUACAAAGAUGUAGCACUAGCACCUCCUGGAACAAUUGCUAAGAUUCAGAUCCAAAAGUCCAAAGAUGAUAUCCCACUGAACCGAGAACAAUUGAGUGGUAAAAUUGGAAUUGAGUCCAAGGAAUCAUUAGCGUUUGAGGAUCAUGCUGAGAAUUCAACUGCACUGGCAGAGACAGAUGAUUCAAAGCAAGAAGAGAGCUCUGUUCAGGACGUUUGCUUGCUCUCACAUAAGGACAUAGAAGCUGUUGAAAAGGAAGAAGAAAGCGAGAAAACUGGUGAAGGAGAAGGUCUAUCCAAAUCGAUAUCUCCAAAUACAGAAGUGGCUUCAGCUGGCAGCAUGCCCACCAAGAGUAAUUUGGAUAAUUAUGCUUUUGGUGAUGAGGUUCAAGAAGUGCGACAAAGUAAGAAUCUUGAUGAUAAAAAAUCUACAGAUGCACCAUGCAACUUAGAAACUGAGUGUUCAAUUUCUGAUGUACCUGCAGGAGAAUGUCUUGAUGAAGUUUCAUCCAGCAGCAUUGAUCCCCAAAACAAUGCAUGCUCUAGUGCUCAUCAAGAGGAUCAGGAAAAGGUUGAAAACCCUGAUAAAACUGGUGGCAAGGAUCCAAAGACAAAUUUGUCAUUGGAUAUCCCUAUGAAGAAGUUGUCUGCCUCUGCUGCACCAUUUAGUCCAUCUUCGCCGGUUGUACUUAAUUCAGUGGCUGUCAGUGUUGGCCUUCCACCAAGUGGUUCUAUUCCUGCAGUCACACCAUGGCCUAUGAAUGUCACUCUUCACCCUGGACCUGCAGUUGUCAUGCCAACAGCAUCUCCUAUUUGCACCCCUCCUCACCACCCCUAUCCAUCUUCACCUCGACCUCCAAACAUCAUUCAUCCUCUGCCAUAUUUUUAUCCACCAUAUUCCCAGCCUCAAGCAGUACCAAACAGCACAUUUUCCAUGAAUAGCAACAUGUUUCACCCAAACAAUUAUGCAUGGCAAUGCAAUAUAAAUCCAAAUGCUUCUGAGUUUGUGCCAGGAUCAAUAUGGCCAAGCUGUCAUCAAGUGGAUUUCUCUGUUAUUCCACCUGUUGUCAACCCAAUUUCUGAAUCCAUGAUUGUGCCCAAUGUGCAGUCUGACAUCACUACUGUAAGUUUAGCCCCUCAAUCAGAGAGUAGUGUUGGAGAAGCAACCAAAAAACAAGAGGAUAUUGAGGUUUCGAAUGAGAUUUCAAAGGUCAAUGAUCACACAGUGGCUGAGAACUGGUCAGAGAACAAGCAGGAAGAUGGUGAAUCUGAUGGAAAUGAAGCGAAGAAAAUUGAAUUGAAACCUGAAGUUGCUUUUACAGAAAGCAGACAUACUAGUAAAGAAAGACGUAUCUUGAGAAACAGUAUGAAGUAUGAGGGUGAGGGGAGCUUCAGCAUAUACAUAAAGGGUAGGAGUCAUCGCAAACAGACUCCUAGAAUACCUGUAAGUUUGCUUAGUAGGCCAUAUGGAUCACAGUCAUUUAAAGUUAUUUAUAACAGAGUAGUUAGGGGAAGUGAUGUUUCAAGACCUGCCAGUCUGUCUUCCAGUGAAGAUGUGAUAACCGGCAAGCAGUAAGCAAGAUACGUUGAUGAGAUUCAGCUAGUGGCAGGGACAAAUUUUAAGCGAGGAUUCUAGUUCUCAGCCAGGAGGACUUGACGAUCAGUAUCUGGCAUUAUGAGUCUUCAGUUUUACUGCUGUUUUUUGGCAUUUGUAUCUUUUGCACAUUAAGUCAGCUAUAUUCAAUUCUGAUCAAGCUUUCAGAAAAAAACAGAGAUGAGUUUCCUUUGCUAUCAAAGCUAGGUGGUUUUCUCUAAUCUGGUGUCUGCAUAUUGCCAAUGAGCCAUGAAAAUUUAGUUUAAAUGAGGUUCAAGUUGCUUUGUUGAGAUCUAGGGAUCCAAGAGAGCACCAGCAGUCGAGUAACAUUUUUGGACAAAAUUUAUUAGAUUGUAUUCAUUGACCAUUUUCUCUGUUUCAUUGGAUAGACUGACACAUUGGCCCUUUUUCUUUUCUUUUUUUUGUUUUGAGGGAACUUUCUGCAAUUUAUAUUGCUGAACCAAAAAUAAUGGUAAGGACUGAGAUCUUCUGGCUUCUAUUUCCCUGCCAAUUGAAAUGCAAUAAUUAUUUGUUUUGGUCCA